AUGGGGUCGUCCGCAUCCAAGGCUGCCCUCAGAGCGACCACCGACGAGCCCUCUGAGCCCGGGCCGAAACACCUGGCGAAUCUAAUCCAGUACAUAAAUGGAACAAAUAGGAGUGUUGAACAUCUGGCUGAUAUUCUUUCUGAGAAAACUGGAAGCAGCAGCUGGGUGGUGGUGUUCAAAGCCCUGAUUACUGUGCAUCACCUUAUGGUGCAUGGAAAUGAGCGAUUUAUCCAACAUCUUGCAUCUAGAAACCCUUUGUUCAUUUUAUACAACUUCCUGGAUAAAAGUGUCAUAGAAGGCUAUACUAUGUCAACCUUCAUCAGACGAUAUAGCAGGUACUUGAAUGAAAAGUCACUCGCAUAUAGACUGAUUGCAUGUGACAUCACCAAAACCAAGAGAGGGACGGACGGUGUGAUGAGAACUAUGAGCACUAAGGAGCUGCUGAACACUCUUCCAGUUAUUCAAACUCAGUUUGUUGCUCUUCUUAAUUUUAAUGCAAAUCCUGACGAUAUAACUAAUGGUAUAAUAUAUGCUGCUUUCAUGCUCCUCUUUAAGGAUGCUCUUCGCCUCUUUGCAGCCUAUAAUGAGGGGAUCCUUAAUCUGCUAGGCAAGUAUUUUGACAUGAGGGAGAACCAACGCAAGGAAAGUUUGGAUAUUUGCAUCAGGUUCCUUGGAAAAAUGACCAAAUUCGUACAGUUCCUGAAAGUUGCAGAGCAAGUUGGAAUUGACCAGAAUGACAUUCCAUAUCUUAAUCAGAAUGAAGAGCCAGCCCUUCUAGGGUGGAAGGGAUCCAGUGCAAUUUGCCACCGAAUUGCUGGCUGGUCUCCAUGA